AUGCUUAGGAUACUUCCACAUAUUCGUAACUGGGGGCCAAUCCUACGAGGGCAUGUUCCAAGCAGGGAAGGUGGAGGUGGUGGAGGGGACCUUGGCAGAGGUACCGGUGGUGCACGUGGUGGAGCAGUUGGUGGAAACACUGGUGGUACUCUCUUUGGAGGAGCAGCUGGUGGAAGUUUUGGUGGAGAGACCGGAGGUGUCCGUGGAGGAGAAGUUGGUGGCAUUCUUGGCGGAGACAUUGGUGGUACACGCGGAGGAGAGGUUGGUGGUGCUUCUGGUGGAGACAUAGGUGGUGCCUUUGGAGGAACCGUUGGCGGACUUCUUGAGGGAGAAAUUGGUGGUAUUAUUGGAAGAGAAAUUGGUGGUGUUCUUGGAAGAGAAAUUGGUGAUAUGAUUGGAAGAGAAAUUGGUGGUAUUAUCGGAAGAAUUGGUGGUGUUCUUGGAAGAGAAAUUGGUGGUAUUAUUGGAAGAACUGGUGGUAUUAUCGGAAGAGAAAUCGGUGGUAUUCUUGGAAGAGAAAUUGGUGGUAUUAUCGGAAGAAUUGGUGGUGUUCUUGGAAGAGAAAUUGGUGGUAUG